AUGCACUGGCUCCCAGCAGGCCACGACAUCAACGGCGCCCUGGAGCCCUCCAACAUAGACACAAGCAUCCUGGAGGAAUACAUCAGCAAGGAGGACGCCUGCGACCUCUGCUUCCCUGACAUCUCUGCUCCAGCCAGUGCGGCCUCCUACCCCCAUGGGCAGCCAGCCAUCCCCAGCUGCAGCGGGGCCCACCACCUGAGCCCCCCUGGGGGUGGACCCUCCCCAGGGCGCCAUGGUCCCCUCCCGCCCCCGAGCUACGGUGCCCCCCUCAACUGCAACAACAACAACGGCAUGGGCGCCGCACCCAAGCCCUUCCUGGGGGGUUCCGGGCCCCCCAUCAAGGCAGAGCCCAAGGCUCCCUAUGCCCCAGGCACGCUGCCAGACUCUCCCCCAGACUCGGGCUCCGAGGCCUACUCCCCCCAGCAGGUGAAUGACCCCCAUCUCCUGCGCACAAUAACCCCUGAGACCCUGUGCCACGUGGGAGUGCCCUCCCGCCUGGAGCACGCGCCCCCACCUCCAGCCCACCUGCCAGGCCCCCCGCCGCCCCCACCUCACUACCCUGUCCUGCAGCGGGACCUGUACAUGAAGGCUGAACCCCCAAUCCCCCCCUAUGCCACCAUGGGGCAAGGUCUGGUGCCCACCGACCACCACCACACCCAGCAGUCCCAGAUGCUACACCAGCUGCUGCAGCAACAUGGAGCUGAGCUCCCUGCACACCCCUCCAAGAAGAGGAAGCACUCCGAAUCACCCCCCAACACCCUCAAUGCCCAGAUGCUGAAUGGAAUGAUCAAACAGGAGCCUGGGACCGUGACAGCCCUGCCCCCACACCCCGCUCGAGCCCCGUCCCCACCCUGGCCUCCCCAGGGCCCGCUCUCACCAGGCCCCGGCUCACUUCCCCUCAGCAUCGCCCGGGUCCAGACACCGCCUUGGCACCCACCAGGUGCACCAUCACCAGGUCUCCUGCAGGACAAUGACAGCCUCAGUGGCUCCUACCUGGACCCCAACUACCAGUCCAUCAAGUGGCAGCCACAUCAGCAGAACAAGUGGGCGACACUGUAUGAUGCCAACUACAAGGAGUUACCGAUGCUCACCUACCGCGUGGACGCUGACAAGGGCUUCAACUUUUCGGUGGGAGACGAUGCCUUCGUGUGCCAGAAGAAGAACCACUUCCAGGUGACGGUGUACAUCGGCAUGCUGGGCGAGCCCAAGUAUGUCAAGACGCCUGAAGGCCUCAAGCCCCUCGACUGCUUCUACCUGAAGCUGCAUGGAGUGAAGCUGGAGGCCCUGAACCAGUCCAUUAACAUCGAGCAGUCGCAGUCAGACCGAAGCAAGCGGCCCUUCAACCCUGUCACGGUCAAUCUGCCCCCUGAGCAGGUCACGAAGGUGACUGUGGGGCGGCUGCACUUCAGUGAGACCACCGCCAACAACAUGCGCAAAAAGGGCAAGCCCAACCCUGACCAGAGGUACUUCAUGCUGGUGGUGGCCCUCCAGGCCCACGCACAGAACCAGAACUACACACUGGCUGCCCAGAUCUCUGAGCGCAUCAUUGUGCGGGCCUCCAAUCCGGGCCAGUUUGAGAGCGACAGCGACGUGCUGUGGCAGCGGGCGCAGGUGCCCGACACCGUCUUCCACCACGGCCGGGUGGGCAUCAACACAGAUCGGCCGGACGAGGCGCUGGUUGUGCACGGCAAUGUCAAGGUCAUGGGCUCGCUCAUGCACCCCUCGGACCUGCGGGCCAAGGAGCACGUGCAGGAGGUGGACACCACGGAGCAGCUGAAGAGGAUCUCGCGCAUGCGGCUGGUGCACUACAGAUACAAACCCGAGUUCGCCGCCAGCGCGGGCAUCGAGGCCGCCUCGCCAGAGACGGGUGUCAUUGCCCAGGAGGUGAAGGAGAUCCUGCCUGAGGCUGUGAAGGACACAGGAGACGUGGUCUUUGCCAACGGAAAAACCAUAGAGAACUUCCUGGUGGUGAACAAGGAGCGCAUCUUCAUGGAGAAUGUGGGUGCGGUGAAGGAGCUGUGCAAGCUGACGGACAACCUGGAGACGCGCAUAGACGAGCUGGAGCGCUGGAGCCACAAGCUGGCCAAGCUGCGGCGGCUCGACAGCCUCAAGUCCACUGGCAGCUCAGGAGCCUUCAGCCAUGCAGGGAGCCAGUUCAGCCGGGCAGGCAGCGUCCCCCACAAGAAGAAGUCCCCCAAGGUAGCUAGCAAGUCAUCAUCGUCUGUGGUCCCAGACCAGGCCUGUGUCAGCCAGCGCUUCCUGCAGGGAACCAUCAUCGCCUUGGUGGUGGUCAUGGCCUUCAGCGUGGUGUCCAUGUCCACACUGUAUGUGCUGAGCCUGCGAACUGAGGAGGACCUGGUAGAUACUGAUGGCAGGUCCAGCCAGAGCUUUGGGACCACUCAGCUCCGACAGUCCCCUGUGACCACUGGGCUGCCAGGCAUACAGCCUUCUUUGCUGCUGGUUACCAGUGGCCUGACAGGCUCAGCCCCAGGUCCAGCCAUCCGCACCUUGGAUCUGUGUUCCAGCCACUCCUGCCCUGUUGUCUGCUGCUCCUCAUCCACUCCCCACCCCACCACUGACCCUAGUCUUGGGCUCAGCUUUAACCCUGGCCGUGGUCUCAGCCCCAGCCCCAGCCCCACCACCAACCACUCAGGCUCCAGCCAGAUGGCUCUGCUGCCAGUCACCAACAUCAGAGCCAAGUCCUGGGGCCUCUCAGCCAAUGGCAUUGGCCACUCCAAGCAUCCCAAGAGCCUGGAUCCUGUGGCUAGCCCUUCAGUCCCCUUCCCUGGGGGGCAGGGCAAAGCCAAGAACAGCCCAAACCUUGGUUUCCAUGGCCGGGCCCGCCGAGGGGCCCCCCAGCCCAGCCUGGGUCCUGCCCAGCCCACUCAGGCCCAGGGCCAGCCAGACCCAGUGCCCUCCCUGACCUCCAUCCAGGUGCUGGAGAAUUCGAUGCUCAUCACCUCCCAGUUCUGUGCUUCAGGGGAUGCCUGCAGGCCUGGAAAUUUCACCUACCACAUCCCCGUCAGCAGCAGCACCCCCCUGCACCUCAGCCUGACCCUGCAGAUGAACUCCUCCUUCCCCGUGUCCGUGGUGCUGUGCAGCCUGAUGUCAAAGGAGGAGCCGUGUGAGGAAGGGGGCUUGGCACAGAGUCCCCAUACCCACCAGGACACCCAGGGCACCUCUCACCAGUGGCCAGUAACCAUCCUGUCCUUCCGUGAAUUCACCUACCACUUCCGGGUGGCACUGCUGGGUCAGGCCAACUGCAGCUUGGAGGCCCUCGUCCAGCCAGCCACAGACUACUAUUUCCAUUUCUACCGCCUGUGUGACUGA